AUGCUUGAAGAGAUGACUGCGGUGGAGGGUGAAAGAGUGUGGAACUUGGAACCCCCGGAAAACUGGCCUUCCAGGGGACAUAUAAAACUCAAAAAUGUCACUGCAUCCUAUGAACCGGGGUCGGUUGCUCUACGGAAUCUGAGCCUGGAUGUUAGCGCAGGUCAGAAACUCAUCGUGUGCGGGCGUACAGGCAGCGGCAAAAGCACGUUACUCCUCUCGCUCCUACGGCUUCUGGAGCUAGAGUCCAGCCAGAUCGAGCUCGAUGGCAUUGAUAUCAGGCAUGUGAGGCUAGAUUUACUACGGCGACGGUGUUUCGUCGCGGUGUCCCAAGAGCCUCUAGUGUUGCCCAACGAGAACUUGCGGUUUAACCUAGACCCGGAUGCGUCAAUGCCAGACGAUGUCCUCGUUGCUGCAUUAAACAAAGCCGGACUGUGGUCACAUUUCUUCGAGGGCCACACGUACUCUGGGGGAGAGCCAGCUCCCACCCUGAACAUCUCAGGCUCUGGUCGUCAUCCAAUCCUUGACAAGAAGGUCUCACUAUUUCGAAAGCUAUCUGUAGGACAGAGUCAACUGUUCGCACUAUGUCGAGCGCUUGUCAAAGCUAGGUCGUUACGAGAUUCUGGAGUGAAGCCUGUAGUCCUCUUGGACGAAGUCACAUCCUCCCUCGACCCAGUUACGGAAUCCACCGUUCAUCGUAUCAUUGACGAUGAGUUCACCCAAAAUGGCCACACUGUCAUCAUUGUUGCUCAUAGAUUUGGCUCCAUGGAGAAGCACACAACAAAUGGAAGGGAUGCUGUGGCACUGAUGGCAGACGGUCAAUUAGAGGAAGUCAUUGAAGCCUUAGGAGCGGCAACUUUCGAGCGUUUGAGGCAGAUCUCAUGCUAG